GUCUGCGUCAAAGCACGUGAGCCUGUUUUGAGCACGUGAUCCGCGCUCUCCGGCUGGCUGGCGGACGGGCGGCGCGUGCGUGCCCGCCCCCGCGAGCAGGCCCCGCCCACUCCCUCCCUCCCUCCCUCCGCGCGAGAACGAGUGAGCGAGCGGCCUCGCCUUCGGAGUCCGUUACGCGCCCGCUCGGCUCCCCUCACGGCUCGCCCCGCCGCCGCUCCCCCUCCUUGUCGUCGGUCAUGAGGCCCGCCCGCCGGCGCCGGAGCGCGGCCCACUUACUUCCGCUGUUGGUGUGGUGCGGCUGCCGCUGAGGCAUCAUCGCCGCCGCCGCCGCCUGUCCGGGUGGGGAUCCCUCGCCGCCGCCGCCGCCGCCGCCAUGUUGGGCCGGGAGCCGCAGCGGGGCCGCCGCCGCUACUGCCGCUGAGGCGUCCGCAGGAGAGGAGCAAAGGCAGCCAGGACGAGGGCGAGGAGGCGGAGGAGGAGCGGCCGGCGCCAGCGCCAUGGCGGAGCAGACCUACUCCUGGGCUUACUCCCUCGUGGAUUCCAGUCAAGUAUCUACGUUCCUGAUUUCUAUUCUUCUCAUAGUUUACGGCAGCUUCAGGUCCCUCAACAUGGACUUUGAGAACCAAGACAAAGAGAAGGACAGCGGCAGCUCAGCUGGGCCCUUCAAUGGCAACAGCACAAAUAACAGUAUCCAGACUAUUGACUCAACACAGGCGCUGUUCCUUCCCAUUGGGGCAUCUGUCUCUCUUCUGGUCAUGUUCUUCUUCUUUGACUCCGUUCAAGUUGUCUUUACAAUAUGCACAGCAGUCCUUGCAACAAUAGCCUUUGCUUUCCUACUGCUCCCAAUGUGCCAGUAUUUAACACGACCCUGUUCACCUCAAAACAAGAUUUCUUUUGGCUGCUGUGGACGUUUCACGGCUGCUGAGUUGCUCUCCUUUUCUCUCUCCGUUAUGCUUGUCCUCAUCUGGGUCUUAACUGGCCACUGGCUCCUCAUGGACGCUCUGGCCAUGGGCCUGUGUGUGGCAAUGAUAGCCUUUGUCCGUUUGCCGAGCUUGAAGGUUUCCUGCCUGCUGCUCUCGGGACUGUUAAUUUAUGAUGUCUUCUGGGUCUUCUUUUCUGCCUACAUCUUCAACAGUAAUGUUAUGGUGAAAGUGGCCACACAACCGGCCGAUAAUCCCCUUGAUGUUUUAUCGCGGAAGCUUCACCUUGGACCAAACGUAGGUCGAGAUGUCCCCCGCUUGUCACUGCCUGGCAAACUUGUCUUUCCAAGUUCCACAGGCAGCCACUUCUCCAUGCUGGGAAUUGGAGAUAUUGUGAUGCCAGGCCUCCUGCUCUGCUUUGUCCUGCGUUACGACAACUACAAGAAGCAAGCCAACAGUGAUUCCUGUGGUACUCCAGGGCCAGGAAACAUCUCUGGCCGCAUGCAAAAAGUCUCCUAUUUCCACUGCACUCUCAUUGGAUACUUCGUAGGUCUCUUAACUGCAACGGUUGCGUCUCGCAUCCAUCGGGCAGCUCAGCCCGCCCUGCUCUACUUGGUACCAUUCACCUUAUUGCCACUCCUCACUAUGGCCUACUUAAAGGGUGACUUGCGUCGCAUGUGGUCUGAGCCAUUCCACUCCAAGUCCAGCAGCUCACGGUUCCUAGAGGUAUGAUGGAAUGGAUGGGAAGUGACCGGAACUCUUCUGCCUGGUCCUUUUCUUGCCUCACAACUUGGUUGUCCGUCCCUGUGGCUGGGCUGGUACUCGGGAGAAUUACCAGACUGUGGAACUUGUACAAAUGGACUUGCUUCAUGGAAAGGAGAAGAGAGCAAAGGGGUGGGGGGGGCUUCCUCCCUCCCUGCUUGGAAGUGGGGACAGUUGGCGGCAGCAGCGGCACCCACCCCCCUCCCCUCCCUCCCUCCCCUCCGCUCCUCCUUUUUACGGAUUUGUGCCAGGCCAUCAGGUGUUUCUCGGGAGGAGGAAGAGGAGACAGACUGACUGACUUUCUGCUGAAAACGACGCAGAGUCGUUGAGGAGCUUAAGAACACUAAGAGAAAAGAAAUGGUCACUGCUUUGGGAGUUUCUUAGGGAACCCCACCAGUACUUUGGGACCAGUGUUUCUGUUGGACUCCGCUUUCAGAGAGAACUGAGACAGAAGUUCUUUUGUCACUAUAAUCUUCCCCCACCCCUUUUCAAAUUUAUUAAUUCUGUUCUGUGGUGUGAGGUGACUUAUUAAAUCCACAGACAUUGAGCGACUUCAUGCUGUACACAAUAUAAAGACUUCGUUGUAACGAGUUACGUUUCCACCCCGAUGUCACGUUGCAGUGGAGAAGGGCACGACUUGUAUACGUAGACAUGCUUGCCUACACAUGUGCACCCACCCAUAAAUAAACAAACAGAUGCGAUGGGGAAACCUGCUAGGCUCAUGCUGGGUAGCUGACGGGGCUUGCUGUGAUUUUUAGCAUGUAGAGCAGUUUAACUCUUGGGCUUUCUUGUCUGUGGAUCUGCAGAUAUGCUGCUGCCUCUUCCCCCUCCCUCCAUGAGUGAAGCUUCAGUUAAAAACAACAAACACAGUGUAGUAUUUUGUACUGAGUGUGCUCCUGGAUUUUAGGGGAUUCUUUGAAUUUGCUUUUUUCAGUCAAUGUAGCAAACGUGGGGAGGGACACAGCAGAAGCCCUUUACCUCCCCCGCCCCCCACGCCAGCGCCUGCUUUUUUGUUUGUGGGUUUUUUAAACAACUUAAUCCAUUUACAGGUUUUUAGUAGAGCUCUUUCUUGACCUCCUGCAUGUAUUAUAGCAGCUGUUGUCUCUGUGCGUUCUGAUCAUAGUAAUGUAUGACUUGUAAAUACAUUUUUUCUAUUUUCUAUUUUUUCUAUUUUUUUUUGCAUUGUUUAAUUAGUGUGCUGUAUUUUUUCCCCAUUCCCCGAUGUUUUAAAAAAAGGGAGAGUGAGAGAAAAAGAGAGAAUCCUGUCCUCUGCUGUUGUGAUCGGUCAAAGUUUGUGAUGACUGCUUUGUACCUGGGAGUCUCUUAAAACGUGGACUUUUCUAAA